UUUACAAAAUUAAUAAAAAAAUAAGAUAAUCUUGAAAACAACAAAGAUGCUUAAGUGAUAUCAUUAUUAAAAUAUUUUGCGGUAAUGUGGGCAUUUAGACUAUUUUUUGCAUUGCUUGUUUUUACUGAUGUUACUGCGGAAAAAACAAAGUCUAAAGGUCAUGCCUCGAAAUUGCACGCUUAUCAUCAAAACAAAACGUCUUCACAACCAAAGAAAGAUGCAUCUUCUUAUUAUCACCACAUCAAUGGUGAGGGUAAAUUAGUAUCUCAAAACUCUACAAGCAAACGGUUCAGCAUACCAAAUAAAGAUGACGCAAUAAUCAGCAACAACAUUCAAUCACCAGAAAAAAUUACAAUUAUUAAAAAGUCUGGAUCAUUAAUCGGAUCUGAAUUACCGGGGGCAUAUGGGGGAGAUGAAGAGUUAACCGAUAUAGGUGAUGGCAGUGGUGAAGAGGUAAUAAGCGGUUCUGGCCGCAGUGUAGCAGAUAUAAUGGAAGCCGCCCGCGAUGCAAGAAAAAAAAUAUUAGAAAAAAAGAAAAGGAGAAAAAAGACAAUGUUAGGAAAAGAGGAUUUUCCAGGUCUUCCAGUCAAAGAACUAUAUAAUAAAUCAGAUAGUGAAUCAGUUUUAAAUGUUGACAAUUAUAUAGUUCCGGAUAAAACUGAUCAAAAAAAUUCUGUAAUGGUUGAAACUAAACCGUUGCCAGAUGAACCAAUUACAAAUAAAUCUUCGAAUGACUCUAUAUCAGAUGGUAACGAAAUUUUUUCAACUGGCGAAACUAAAUUACCAAACUCGGAUAAUAAACUAACAAAUGCAGUUGAUAACAAAAUUUCAGUUGAAAGCAAUAAAGAAGUAAAUUCAAAAGAAAUUUCUCACGAAGAAAACUUAAAUGAAGCCGAUAAGUUUGGUAACAACGUUUUUCCAAAACCAGGAAUUAAUCCCUCUUUUGCAUUUCAAACCGGUGAAAUUCAAAUCAGCGAAGCAAAACCUGGUACAACCAACAUCAACAAAAAAACAAACAGUGCUAAAAAAAAACCUAAAAACUUAACAAAGAAAAUUAACGUUAAAAAAAUUAAGAGCAUAGUACGAAAGCAUAACAAAAAUAACAGACUUUCACGAUACGAAAUUUCAGCGAAAGCCAUUGCAAUAAGCACAUUGAAAAAAGGUUACGUAGAAUUCUUAAAAAGUCAAACAAAAAAAAAAGAAAAAGAUUUAAAACAAUCUAAAAAAGAAUCUACGCACGAUAAAGUAAAACAUUUGUCCCAAGAGAAAAGAAAAAAUAAAGUCAGGGUGCAUAAACAAAAAACAAAUAACGAUAUCGUUUCUCAAAUUCAAAACAUUGCUAGUCAAAUUGACGCAGUGGAAAAAAAAAAUGCUGAGGAUAAAAAAUUACUAGAAGUAUUAGAAAAUCAAAAAAAGACAUCUCUUGAAUACGAAAGCGGAGAAGGAAGUGGAUAUGCAAACUCUGAAGUUAAAGCGGAGUCUGUCGCAAAAAGUUCAAAAAAUCAUAAAAAAAAAGUUCGAAAAAUUGUUUCUAAAAUUCAACACGAUAUAGAAGAGUACAAAUUAAAAAUGAUGAACAAUACUCCAUCUACACUUGCUCAGCACAAUAAAAAAAAACUUUUUGGUCAACACGAUGACAAAUUAAAUAACAAUGAAGAGCUUCUGAUGGAUAACGAUACGAGCAGCAUUUCUCACGGGGAAAACGGAAGCCCUGAUGGUUUUGAAUGUCCAUGGGUUUGUUUUUGGACAUGUCAUUCUUAUUGCCCUAAAGAAUGUUGUCACAAUCCAUACGGUUGCCAUGGAAUUUGUCGCACAUUUUGUACUCCAUAUUGCAGUGAUCGAUGUUGUGCUCCUGGAAGUAGGCGACUUCCAAAAUUAGAACUGUCAUUUCAAACUCCAGCAGAAACGGGUAAAUCUUCAAGUAACAAAAACAAAACCUUACUGGAAGAAAAAGUUGAGAAACAGUUACAAGUCUUAGAAGAAAACCAAAAAAUGGUUGAGCAAGUGGAAGCGGUAAAACAGGCAGAGUCUUACGCAGCUGAACUUUUAGGGAUACCACGUGAUUGUCCAUUAUUCUGCAACAAAAUUUGCGCACCAGGUUUAUGUGCCCAAGAUUGCUGCGAAAAGUCAACCAUACUUUCAUAUUUAAAUCACGAAAAAAGCUUAAUUGAUCAAGCAAUGCAAUAUAAAAAGCAGCUUUCAAUGCUUCCCAGACCACAACUUGAUGCUCUAUUAGCGCAACAAGAUAAAUAUCUUGAAAGUAUGGUACACGUAAAUGAUCCACAUUUUUCAGGAUUUUCAACAGUUAAUCAAGCAAAUGACAAUGAUUUACAUCCAAAAGCAAGUGUAUUACCUACGCCAUCUGUUACUCAAACUGCACAAGUAGCUGCAAAUUAUAAUCAGCAAAAUCAAAUUAAACCUGCUUUACAACCAGCCCAGCCUGUUCAGCAAUCAGUUCAGGUUCAAACUUACAACAACCAAGUAAAGCAAAACCCCUCUCAACAACAACAAAGUAACCUUGCCGCUUCAAAUACACCUUCUUCUCAUCUAUCUCAAGAACCUAAUCAACCACCAGUUACGAUUCUUAUUCAAACUGGUUCUAAUCCAAUUGCAAGCAGCCACGCGGAAUCUGCUGAUGUUUACACUACUGGAAAUAAAAAUCCUUAUUACCAAUCGCCAUUACCUAAUGCUGCUACAAUAAAACAAGAUUCCAAUAUAUCACCGGGUAUUUCUACAAACGCAUUAGCUCCUGUGUCAUCAUUUGCAGGAGGCAGAGCUCAAUAUCUUCAGCAACCAAUUUCUCAACCAUCUUCAAUUUAUUCUCCUCUGAAUUUACAUCCUGUUGAACCUCAACAUUAUGUUGCUAAUGAAAAAACAUUUCGUAACAGCCCCCCACAAAUUUCUGUAAAGCCACCUUAUCCAAAUGUAAAAGCGCCUUCUAUUGCUAAUAGACUUGUACAGCAGCAGCAGCAGCAACAACAGCAACAGCAACAGCAAAUACAAAAGCAAAGACUGUUGCAACAGCAGAGAAUAAAUCUUCAACAAAAGCAACAAAAUAAUUUUCAAAUGCAGCAAGCAUUUUAUAAACCAUCAACAGUUGCUGUAAACCAGGGGUCACAAAUUUCUGGAAGCUCUUUAUCAAACUAUGCAACACCAGCUCCAAUAGGAUUUCAUGGUAUUUCUGAUUUCCAAUCUAACUCGCCUUUAAAUUCAGUUUCAUCGCAUGCACUUAAUUCACCUCAAGAAAUUACACUAUCGCAACAAAUAAUAAAUUUCCCUCCACCAUCAACAUUAGCAUCUCAGGUAAUAAACUCUGCACCAGCUGCUCCGGUUUCAUCAGUCGAACAAUUAUCUGCUCCAGCUCCUGCACCAGCUGUUGCGCCUGCUCCUGCACCAGCGUCAGUGUCUGCCCCUGCGCCUGCUCCUGCUUUACCUCAAACUGCAAAACCAAAGCCUCAGAUUAUAAUCGAAAACAUGAAGCCAUUCCAGAUUGGAGGUUUGCUUUUCACUCCUGAUGUAACAAUUGCAGAUCCAAACGAUCCAGUACCCCCUGGCUAUCAAUCUACAACUAUAGUACCAGAACCACCUGCACCAUCACCAGCUAAUCAAGUUUCAUCUGCUUCAGUUGCUUCAAAUAUACCGUCAUCUUUAAGUUCACCAGCUGCUCCUGUAGCUUCUAUUUUACCAGAAGCGCCUUCAGCUUUAUCAUCAGAGCAAGUUGGAACACCUUUUUCGUUAACUAACGAAGUUAGUUCAUUUUGUCCGACACCAAUUAAUUGUCCAGAAGGAAAAACUGUAGACCCUGAUUAUUGUCCUCCAAUAUGUCGGACGUCAUGCAUAGAACAAUGUCCAAAUGAGUGCUGUCCAAACUACGGCCAUUCUGUUGAACAGGCUAAAUAAAUAUAGUCAUGAAUUGAAAAAGUAGUUGAAGAAUUUUGAUACAGGUAUUAAAUAAAUUGUGAUGCUUAACAAAGCAUUUAAAAACACAAAAGUAAUCAACAGAGAUUGCAACUUGAGCCUUUGUAUGUAAAUUUACAACUCACUAAGCUGAGGAAGUACAACCGUUAUUUCAUAAAACGUAGUACAUAAGACUUCAAUAUUUUAUAUUAAAAGGUACUGUCACCUUUCAUAUUAAAAGAUACUGUCUUUGUUGAGGAUUUAACAAAUUAUAUUAAAAAAAGUUCUGACUUCUUUAAAUCUAUUUUGUACUAGCAGUAAAUUUUUAUCAUUUUUAAAAUUUACGUUUUUUAAACCAAUUAAAAUAUUUUUAUAUAAAAAAGAGUUUUUAUCAAGAUCUUUCCUAUAAUUGUUGAAUCAAAUAAAUCUUUGAGAAUUAAAAAAUACUCAAAAUAAGUAAAUAGAACACUGGAAACAAAUAGAACACAAAUAUAAAUCUUUAAUGUUCAUUCUAAAAGGAUGUUAUUGUAAACUCUAUCUACCAUAAAGAAUGUUUACUAAAUAUUGUAAAAUAUAAUCCGAGAUUUAUUUCUAUGUGUUUUGUUAACUAGAUCUGGAUCCCUAUUUCUUUUUAAACAUUAAUUUUUUUCUUCAA